AUGGUAUGCGAGGGAAAGCGAUCAGCCUCUUGCCCUUGUUUCUUCCUCCUGACGGCCAAGUUCUACUGGAUCCUCACAAUGAUGCAAAGAACUCACAGCCAGGAGUAUGCCCAUUCCAUACGAGUGGAUGGGGACAUCAUUUUGGGGGGUCUCUUCCCUGUCCACGCAAAGGGAGAGAGAGGGGUACCUUGUGGGGAGCUGAAGAAGGAAAAGGGGAUCCACAGACUGGAGGCCAUGCUUUAUGCAAUCGACCAGAUUAAUAAGGACCCUGAUCUCCUCUCCAAUAUUACUCUGGGUGUCCGGAUCCUUGACACGUGCUCCAGGGACACGUAUGCUUUGGAGCAGUCAUUAACAUUCGUGCAGGCAUUGAUAGAGAAAGACGCUUCCGACGUGAAGUGUGCGAAUGGAGAUCCACCCAUUUUCACGAAGCCUGACAAGAUUUCUGGUGUCAUAGGUGCUGCAGCAAGCUCCGUGUCCAUCAUGGUUGCUAACAUUUUAAGACUUUUUAAGAUACCUCAAAUCAGCUAUGCAUCCACAGCCCCAGAGCUAAGUGAUAACACCAGGUAUGACUUCUUCUCUCGGGUAGUCCCGCCUGACUCCUACCAAGCGCAAGCCAUGGUGGACAUUGUUACAGCACUGGGGUGGAAUUAUGUGUCAACACUGGCUUCUGAGGGCAACUAUGGAGAGAGUGGUGUGGAGGCCUUCACUCAGAUCUCAAGGGAGAUUGGUGGUGUUUGCAUUGCUCAAUCACAGAAAAUCCCACGUGAACCAAGACCUGGAGAAUUUGAAAAAAUUAUCAAACGCCUGCUAGAAACACCUAAUGCUCGGGCAGUGAUUAUGUUUGCCAAUGAAGAUGACAUCAGGAGGAUAUUGGAAGCAGCGAAAAAAUUAAACCAAAGUGGUCAUUUUCUCUGGAUUGGCUCAGAUAGUUGGGGAUCCAAAAUAGCACCUGUUUAUCAGCAGGAGGAGAUUGCAGAAGGAGCGGUGACGAUUCUGCCCAAAAGGGCAUCAAUUGAUGGGUUUGAUCGCUACUUUAGAAGCCGAACUCUUGCCAAUAAUCGAAGAAAUGUGUGGUUCGCAGAAUUUUGGGAGGAGAAUUUUGGAUGCAAGUUAGGAUCACAUGGAAAAAGGAACACUCAUAUAAAGAAAUGCACAGGGCUGGAGAGAAUUGCGAGGGAUUCAUCUUAUGAACAGGAAGGAAAGGUCCAAUUUGUAAUUGAUGCAGUAUAUUCCAUGGCUUAUGCCCUGCACAACAUGCACAAAGAUCUCUGCCCUGGAUACAUUGGUCUCUGCCCACGAAUGAGUACAGUGGACGGGAAAGAGCUACUUGGCUACAUUCGGGCUGUCAAUUUCAAUGGUAGUGCUGGGACACCUGUCACUUUUAAUGAAAAUGGAGAUGCUCCUGGACGUUAUGAUAUCUUCCAGUAUCAAAUAACCAACAAAAGUGCAGAAUACAAAAUCAUUGGGCACUGGACCAAUCAGCUUCAUCUAAAAGUGGAAGACAUGCAGUGGGCUAAUAGAGAACACACUCACCCGGCGUCUGUCUGCAGUCUGCCCUGUAAGCCUGGGGAGAGGAAGAAAACAGUGAAAGGAGUCCCUUGCUGUUGGCACUGUGAGCGCUGUGAAGGUUACAACUACCAGGUGGAUGAGCUCUCCUGUGAACUUUGCCCUUUGGAUCAGAGACCAAACAUCAACCGCACAGGCUGCCAGCUUAUUCCCAUCAUCAAACUAGAAUGGCAUUCUCCCUGGGCUGUGGUGCCUGUGUUCGUUGCAAUAUUGGGAAUCAUCGCCACCACCUUUGUGAUCGUGACCUUUGUCCGCUAUAAUGACACACCUAUUGUAAGGGCUUCGGGACGAGAACUUAGCUAUGUGCUCCUAACAGGGAUUUUUCUCUGUUAUUCAAUCACCUUUUUAAUGAUUGCAGCACCAGAUACAAUCAUAUGUUCCUUCCGCCGGAUCUUUCUAGGACUUGGCAUGUGUUUCAGCUAUGCAGCCCUUCUUACCAAAACCAACAGAAUCCACCGAAUAUUUGAGCAGGGCAAGAAAUCGGUCACAGCGCCCAAGUUUAUUAGUCCAGCAUCCCAGCUGGUGAUCACUUUCAGCCUCAUCUCCGUCCAGCUCCUGGGAGUGUGUGUCUGGUUUGUUGUGGACCCCCCCCACAUCAUAAUUGACUAUGGAGAACAGCGGACUCUAGACCCAGAGAAUGCCAGGGGAGUGCUCAAGUGUGACAUUUCUGAUCUCUCACUCAUUUGUUCACUGGGGUACAGUAUCCUCUUGAUGGUCACUUGUACUGUGUAUGCCAUUAAAACGAGAGGUGUCCCAGAGACUUUCAAUGAAGCCAAACCUAUUGGAUUUACCAUGUAUACCACCUGCAUCAUUUGGUUAGCUUUCAUUCCCAUCUUUUUUGGUACAGCCCAGUCUGCAGAAAAGAUGUACAUCCAGACAACAACACUUACUGUCUCCAUGAGUUUAAGUGCUUCAGUGUCUCUGGGCAUGCUGUAUAUGCCCAAGGUUUAUAUUAUAAUUUUUCAUCCAGAGCAGAAUGUUCAAAAACGCAAGAGGAGCUUCAAGGCUGUGGUGACAGCUGCCACCAUGCAAAGCAAACUGAUCCAAAAAGGAAAUGACAGACCAAAUGGAGAAGUGAAAAGCGAACUCUGUGAGAGUCUUGAAACCAACACUUCCUCUACUAAGACAACAUAUAUCAGCUACAGCAAUCAUUCAAUCUGA